AAUUCCAGUGGCUUGGCUUUAAACCCACGUUUUCACAGCUCCACCUUCAGCUUCUUCAACAAACACUAAUCAAUCCUGCAUCUGAAACCCAAAUUCUGAGUGAGCUCCGAAACGAUGUCGUACGACGACGACCAGGAGACCUUCGAGCACACCCUCCUCGUCGUCCGCGAAGUCGCCGUCUACAAGAUCCCUCCCCGCCCCACCAGCGGCGGCUACAAGUGCGGCGAGUGGCUCCAGUCCGACAAGAUCUGGUCCGGCCGCCUCCGCGUCGUCUCCUGCCAUGCUCGCUGCGAGAUCCGCCUCGAGGACCCCAAUUCCGGCGACCUCUUCGCCGCCUGCUUCGUCAAUCCCGGCCAGCGCGACGCCGCCGUCGAGCCCGUCCUCGAUUCCUCGCGCUACUUCGUGCUAAGGAUCGAGGAUGGGCGCGGGAAGCACGCCUUCAUAGGGCUCGGGUUCAGUGAGAGGAAUGAGGCGUUUGAUUUCAAUGUAGCGCUGUCGGAUCACGAGAAGUAUGUCAAGAGGGACGGGGAUAAGGAGGCCAGCGCCGGCACCGGCGGCGCUGAGGUUGGGGAUGAGGGGCAAAUUGAUAUACAUCCCGCUGUCAAUCAUAGGCUUAAGGAAGGGGAGACGAUUCGGAUAAAUGUGAAAAAUAAACCUGCAAGUGGAGCAGGCAUGCUUUCGACUGCAGUUGCAAAACCUAAAGCUCUAGGUCUUGCUCCCCCGCCUGCUGGAGCAGUCAAAAUUAGGUCUCCUCUUCCUCCUCCUCCAAAUGAUCCCGUUGCUGCUAGGCUGGGUGGCGGCCAUGGCAGUGCUCUGAAUGUUGCCCAAGAUAAUUCAAGGCACUCUAGUGAUGCUCUGUCCGAUCUUUCUCAACUUGAGAAGAGCCUUCCGUCGAGUGGCGGAUCAGGGACUCCUCAAACCUCUGCAGCCGGCUGGGCAGCAUUUUGAAGAUCUUAAAGGUUGGAGCUUUUUGUAACAAAAUGAGAAAAUAUGGGAAAAUGUGGGGAGAGAUGUCCUAAAUAUUUGUUUAGUUAUUAUACGACCAUCUUCAAAUAUAAAUGUGUAUUUUUCAUGUACCCUUCGGUUAUCCUAAUUUUAACAUUGGAUAUUUACACUCUA